CGGCGAAUGAACGAAUGUAUGGAGAAGGCUUCGAGUGGGCGCAAAAACUCGUUCAUUGUCUCAGCUUAUAGAGGUAGCGUGCGAUGGCCGGCCUAGUGUAGACUUCUCAGUUCCCUCGUGGAUUACACAUCUCCCAUGGGAGCUCCGGUUACGCUAGUGAUGCGACGAUGGCGAACGGGGAUGGGUCUCCUGCAGUACCACAGCCUCCUACUGCUGUGUUGUCUUCUGCGUGUGUCACAGAGCGCGCCCCCAGACUACAGUUUAGAAGAUACUACCAGCAAAGAAUUGCCUGUCAGUCCACAUUACACCAUCAGCUAUACAACAGGGUCCAGGAGUGGAGUUGCCUCGCCCGGUGCUAGUACUUUCCAAACACAACAAGUCUUCAUAAAGCCUGAGAGCGCAGAACAGCCUGACCUCAGUAGAGAGGUAUUCAGGCAUGGUCAACAAACUUUCUCUUCGAAUGCACAACAUUUUCCAGCUCCCAUCUUCGCUCAAAGUUCUGGUGGGAGUCAAAGCACUGUAUCUCAAGUAAAUGCAGUCCCUAACCACUUUAAAAACAUCCAAGCCAGCAGGUCAAACCAAAAUGUAGAGUUCUCAAUUGGUAGCUCUGUAUUACCCAGUGUAGGAGCAUCGUCUGGGACCCAAGGGGGAUUUUCCUCACAAUAUAUUGUGUUUAAGGAUGAUGAUAACGACUCUCUUGAAGACGACGAUUACACCACACGCUAUGUGAGUCUAGGAAGAAGAUAUCAUCCAGAUGGGAGUGUGCCUACUUCCCCUAAAGAACUCUUCAUUCCUCCAACUGCCCCAGUUGCUGCUGCCAGGACAAGUUUUAAUUCUAAACAAAUCUUACCAGGAUUUAAAAAUCCAUACAUAUAUGCUGUUGGAUAUUCCAACGAAGAUCUAGAUGGGGACGACCUUGACGACGAUGACGAUCUAAAACUCUAUGUUGGCAAAAAUUUUGUGAGCCUCAGGCGUCAGGACAGUGACGAAGAACGCAUAGUCAUUCACGAUUCUGUUUUAAAAGACCGUUACAACUUCGUCGAUAGCCAGGGCAGCAUCCGGUGGGGCUACACCCUCGAUGACCAAUAUCAGAAUCAAGUCGUGAAAACAGAUGGAACAAUGGAAGGAAAGUUUGGAUGGACAGCUCCAAAUGGCCGCGAAAUCAAAGUAGACUAUAUAGCAGACGAAGGUGGUUAUAGAAUACUUCCAUCUUCUAGGGGUAUUUUUCCAGACGAUGAUGAAUCUGUAAAGAAGUUGAAGGAAGAGCACUUCCAGGUUCACCAAGGAAUUGCAAGUGGUCGAGCUCCUUCUGAUACAGCAUCAUUUGGUGUGCCGCUUCCCGGUGUAGAACAGCCAGGUUUACAAGUAUCCCCUGAAGUUCAAACGGGCCCAGUAGGAGUCCCACUUCCUGCAUUUGCGGCUGGCAGCGGUGGUCAGGUUGCACCCAGUGGCACUACAGGACCACCAGGUUAUUUUUUUACUAUUGAUGAUGACGAUGACGAAUUCCCGACGCCUGCUGGAGGAGGGGUGGCUCUUCCUGGAUUCGGCCAAAAUGGUCAAGGAGCUGGAGAUACAUCUUUCCAAGGCCCACCUUCAGGAGUCUCUCUGUCAGGACCCCCAGCAACAGGCAUUGGUUCAACUAGCACAGGCGUGCCUCUGCCGAGUCUAGGAACCAGUGCUCAACCCGUUGGACCACCUACGUCGGGUUUUUUUGAGAAGGACGAGCAAGCUUUCGUCCUAGAUGGAGGGGGUACAAGCUCUACUGUUGCAACAGCAACUCCAGGAUUCGGUGAAGUAGGAGUGCCCUUGCCUGGAUUUGGUGGAGCAGCAAGUCCUGGAUUCGAUACUGGGGCAGCAAGUCCUGGAUUCGAUACUGGGGCAGCAAGUCCUGGAUUCGAUACUGGGGCAGCAAGUCCUGGAUUCGAUACUGGAGCAGCAAGUCCAGGAUUCGGUGAAGUAGGAGUGCCCUUACCUGGAUUUGGUGGAGCAGCAAGUCCUGGAUUCGAUACUGGAGCAGCAAGUCCUGGAUUCGAUACUGGAGCAGCAAGUCCUGGAUUUGAUACUGGAGCAGCAAGUCCUGGAUUCGAUACUGGAGCAACAAGUCCUGGAUUCGAUACUGGAGCAGCAACUCCAGGACUCGGUGAAGUAGGAGUGCCAUUGCCUGGGUUUGGUGGAACAGCAAGUCCUGGAUUCGAUACUGGAGCAACAAGUCCUGGAUUCGAUACUGGAGCAACAAGUCCUGGAUUCGAUACUGGAGCAGCAACUCCAGGACUCGGUGAAGUAGGAGUGCCAUUGCCUGGAUUUGGUGGAACAGCAAGUCCUGGAUUCGAUACUGGAGCAACAAGUCCUGGAUUCGAUACUGGAGCAGCAACUCCAGGACUCGGUGAAGUAGGAGUGUCAUUGCCUGGAUUUGGUGGAGCAGCAAGUCCUGGAUUCGAUACUGGAGCAGCAAGUCCUGGAUUCGAUACUGGAGCAGCAACUCCAGGAUUCGGUGAAGUAGGAGUGCCAUUGCCUGGAUUUGGUGGAGCAGCAAGUCCUGGAUUCGAUACUGGAGCAACAAGUACUGGAUUCGAUACUGGAGCAGCAAGACCUGUAUUCGAUACUGGAGCAGCAACUCCAGGAUUCGGUGAAGUAGGAGUGCCAUUGCCUGGAUUUGGUGGAGCAGCAAGUCCUGGAUUCGAUACUGGAGCAACAAGUCCUGGAUUCGAUACUGGAGCAACAAGUACUGGAUUCGAUACUGGAGCAGCAAGACCUGUAUUCGAUACUGGAGCAGCAAGUCCUGGAUUCGAUACUGGAGCAGCAAGUCCUGGAUUCGAUACUGGAGCAGCAAGUCCAGGAUUCGAUACUGGAGCAGCAAGUCCAGGAUUCGGUGAAGUAGGAGUUUCUUUACCUGGAUUUGGAGCGAGUGGAACUUCAGGAACGAAGGUGGAUGCAGGAACUCCAGGAUUCGAUACAGGAGCAACAAGUCCCGGAUUCGGUAGCGGAACAGCAAGUACAGCUUUUGGUGGUGAAGUAGGAGUGCCUUUGCCUGGAUUUGGAACGAGUGGAACUUCAGGAACGAAGACGGAUGCAGGAACACCUGGAUUCGACACAGGAGCAGCUAGUCCAGGAUUCGAUGCUGGAGCAGCAACUCCAGGAUUCGGUGAAGUAGGAGUGUCAUUGCCUGGAUUUGGUGGAGCAACAAGUCCUGGAUUGGAUACUGGAGCAGCAACUCCUGGAUUCGACACAGGAGCAGCUAGUCCAGGAUUCGAUGCUGGAGCAGCAACUCCAGGAUUCGGUGAAGUAGGAGUGUCAUUGCCUGGAUUUGGUGGAGCAGCAAGUCCUGGAUUGGAUACUGGAGCAGCAAGUACUGGAUUCGAUACUGGAGCAGCUAGUCCUGGAUUCGGUGAAGUAGGAGUGUCAUUGCCUGGAUUUGGAGUGAGUGGAACUUCAGGAACGAAGGUGGAUGCAGGAACUCCAGGAUUCGAUACUGGAGCAGCAACUCCAGGAUUCGAUACUGGAGCAACAAGUCCAGGAUUCGGUGAAGUAGGAGUUUCUUUACCUGGAUUUGGAGCGAGUGGAACUUCAGGAACGAAGGUGGAUGCAGGAACUCCAGGAUUCGAUACAGGAGCAGCAACUCCAGGAUUCGAUACUGGAGCAACAAGUCCAGGAUUCGGUGAAGUAGGAGUUUCUUUACCUGGAUUUGGAGCAAGUGGAACUUCAGGAACGAAGGUGGAUGCAGGAACUCCAGGAUUCGAUACUGGAGCAACAAGUCCAGGAUUCGGUGAAGUAGGAGUUUCUUUACCUGGAUUUGGAGCGAGUGGAACUUCAGGAACGAAGGUGGAUGCAGGAACUCCAGGAUUCGAUACUGGAGCAGCAACUCCAGGAUUCGAUACUGGAGCAGCAACUCCAGGAUUCGAUACUGGAGCAACAAGUCCAGGAUUCGGUGAAGUAGGAGUGUCAUUGCCUGGAUUUGGUGGAGCAACAAGUCCUGGAUUGGAUACUGGAGCAGCAAGUCCAGGAUUCGACACAGGAGCAGCUAGUCCAGGAUUCGACACAGGAGCAGCUAGUCCUGGAUUCGAUGCUGGAGCAACAACUCCAGGAUUCGGGGAAGUAGGAGUGUCAUUGCCUGGAUUUGGUGGAGCAGCAAGUCCUGGAUUCGACACAGGAGCAGCUAGUCCAGGAUUCGACACAGGAGCAGCUAGUCCAGGAUUCGACACAGGAGCAGCUAGUCCAGGAUUCGACACAGGAGCAGCUAGUCCAGGAUUCGACACAGGAGCAGCUAGUCCUGGAUUCGAUACUGGAGCAACAACUCCUGGAUUCGGUGAAGUAGGAGUGUCAUUGCCUGGAUUUGGUGGAGCAACAAGUCCUGGAUUAGACACUGGAGCAGCAAGUACUGGAUUAGAUACUGGAGCAGCAACUCCUGGAUUCGACACAGGAGCAUCUAGUCCAGGAUUCGAUACUGGAGCAGCAACUCCAGGAUUCGGUGAAGUAGGAGUGUCAUUGCCUGGAUUUGGUGGAGCAGCAAGUCCUGGAUUCGAUACUGGAGCAGCUAGUCCUGGAUUCGAUACUGGAGCAGCUAGUCCAGGAUUCGAUACUGGAGCAGCAACUCCAGGAUUCGGUGAAGUAGGAGUUUCUUUACCUGGAUUUGGAGCAAGUGAAACUUCAGGAUUUGCAUCUGGAACUGGAACAUCAAGUCCAGGAUUCGAUACUGGAGCAGCAGCAACUGGAUUCGGUAGCGGAACAGCAAGUACAGCAUUUGGUGGUGAAGUAGGAGUUCCCUUGUCUGGAUUUGGGGCUGCAAGUUCAGGAUCUGGAACAGAGAGCCAAGGAUUGGGUACUGGCCUAGGAAGUACAGGAUUUGGUUCUGGCGAUACUGGCUUCGGUACAGGAACAGGUAUUGCGGAUGGAAGUCCCGGAUUGGAUAGUGGAGCAGGAGGUUCUGGGUUUGGAUCUGGCGUAGGAGCAUUACCUUCAGCGUCGGGUGGUGAUGGAGGAAGUUUGGGGUUUAACUUUGGAGAACCAGGUGGCAGCUUCGGGUCAAGUGCUGGUACAAUUAGUUCACAACCUGAUUCGGAGGUCGCUCUUACGGGUGGUUCUGCAAUUAAUCAGGGAAUUGGCGAAAGCAAAGCAAGCGAGUCUGGAUUUAAUGGUGGAUCAACUGGGGUACCAUUGCCUGGAUUUGGAUCUGGAUUUGAUACAGGAAGUUCAGGAUCCUCUACAGUUUCUACAACAGGCAUGCUAGAUGCAUCUGAUGUACCUUUACAAGGGCCGCCAUUCCCAAUUGAUUUCUCCAUAGACUCAAACUUUGGAUCUGGGGGUCCCCCAAGUAUACAAAAUUCGGUAUCUACAGACACUACCAUUUCUCCAAAUACUGCCCCUACAACAGGUCAACAAAGAGGCCAGAAAAUUUACAUCAACCCAGAUAUCAGUGCCUUUCCGUUUUUUGAGUUAGGCCCACCUGAGCUUUCUGUAGAAGCUGCAGGUGGGCGUAAAACCCCAUUUGAUUCCAGUUCUAACACGAUCACACACCUCUCAAAGGACGAAGAUAUAUCCGUUUCUUCCAAAAAUGACAUUACAACAGACGAGACGCUAUUAGUCAACUCACGUCACCAAACAGAGGAUUUUAUAUUACUCGAACCUGAACACAAAAUGAAAGAUUCAAUGUCAGUCGAGCCGGGUCGCAAAACGGAGGAUACCGAGCCACAAGACGUGGAACAGAUUUAUUAUGAUAUAUAUGGCCUUAAGUGGCAAAAGAAAGAUUCGGGUCCACCGGAGAAAUUGUCGGCUCCUAAAAACCUGGAACUUCCCAAAAUCUAACUUCCGUUGUGCUAGCCUUCGAUGUUAUCAUGAACAACGGUAUUCUAAGAUGUACAACAGUGAUCUGACAUGGUCUGCCAUAAACUUUGGCACGUUAAUGUCCACGUUUCAAACCAUCAAGCGUUUAUGAGCAAACUUGGUUACUCGAAGCCACUUGGUUACUCGAAGCCACUUGGUUACUCGAAGCCACAUGAUGGCAACGUGUUCUGAUCUACUGUCUACAAUGCUUAAUUUAUAUUUAGCCAAUGCCGUCAGCAUCUAGACACAAAUGUUAUCAAAACAUAUGUUGUCUUACGUGGAUACGGAAUCUGUGAUGUAAUUUAGGUCUGUAGUUUUUAAUGUAUUAUCCCCCCCCCCCCCCACCUCGUUCCUCUCUCGUCACUCUUAGUUACCUAACUCUGGUGAGUACGUAUCACACAAUUCACUCAUUUACAGUAUGUAUAUAUUAUAUAUUAUUCAAAUCAAUAUGAGAAAAAACUAAUUCGACGUACUGAUACAAAAUGUACCCAUUUCGCCGUCACAUUUCUUUGUAAUUAUACCUCUUCCAUUUAUAUGUCUGUGCCAACUGGGCCACCAUCUUUAUCUCUUAAGUGUUCUUUGUCUCCAUAUUGAUUUCCUGGUAAAGAAAUAAAUGUAAGAAAUCAA